UCAGAAAUGGCAUGUCUAGUGGAACGGCUGAGAAUUUACUUCGUCACGUACAAUGUGGCUACGAAGUUCCCGGAUCCCAGAGAGGAUCUUCAUCGACUUCUGGGUAUUACGCCUUGCGACAAAUCGAAGUUCGUGUGGCCGGAUCUAUAUUUCGUCGGUUUACAGGAAGUUAAAUCACAGCCACAAAAUUUAGUAUUGGACUACAUACUAUUUGAGGAUCCGUGGACUAAGGCUUUUAGAGAUGUGCUGAAGGAGUAUGAUUAUGUAAAAGUACGUUCGCAACGGUUACAGGGUCUUGUUCUAAAUGCUUUCUGCCUAAGGAAACACUUGACGCAUUUAAGAUUGAUAGAAACUCAGUAUACCAAGACAGGAUUCGGUGGCAUAUGGGGAAACAAGGGUGCAGUGAGCAUAAGAAUGAAUACUUACGGGGUUAGCAUUUGUGUGGUAAACACACAUUUGACUCCUCAUGAUCAUUUGCUAGCUGAUAGAGUAUCAGAUUAUAAUACUAUUGUGACAGAUCAUACUUUCACUGCUCCAUUUACAUCGAGAAUAUUAUAUCAUGACUAUAUAUUUUGGAUUGGUGACUUAAAUUUUCGGCUCAAUGGAGAGGAAUUAACUGCCGCUGAUAUAGAGUUAUUGGUGAAAAAGAAGCAAUUGGAGGAACUUCUCGAAAGAGAUCAAUUGACGAUGGUAAUGAAGGAACAACAGGCUUUUGCUGAACUAAAUGAAAGUAGCAUCACAUUCCCGCCUACCUACAAAUACGAGUUUGAGUCUCAAGAAUUUGAUCUCAAGCGUAGACCAUCUUGGACCGAUAGGAUUUUGUAUAAAGUAAAUGCAGCAGAUAUAUACGACGACAUAGAAAUUCAUACUGAACAACAUACUUACAAGAGUCAUCCAGAUUACAGUGUCUCGGAUCAUAAACCUGUCACUGGAGAAUUCGAUAUUGUGGUCAGACCUAAUGUAGAAGAAAACAUUGUGGAAUUCCAAGACUGUAUAGUGGAGGAAAACUUUAUAUCUUACAAAUUGCAAAGAGAUUUUAUUCCAAGCAAUGGGGACUGGAUAGGUCUCUUUCCUAACGAAUUCUCCAGUUUAGAUGAUUACAUCAUUUACGAAUAUGUUAGUCGCGGUAAACCGACGUCAGUUUCUGACGAACCUCACGCAAACACGGAACGAAUAUCGUACAAUGAUUCGGCGCUUCGUCUGUCGGAAAUGUACUGUUUGGUGUAUGUAGCUCAACGAGGAUACCUUAUGGAAGUUUUGGGAGUAAGUCCGGAAUUUUCGGGUCCUCAUAGAUCAGUCGAACAAUCAUCUACAUAAAUUUUAUAGCGAAGAAUCAAUUUACUUAAAAAAAUUUAUGAUAAGAAUCUUAAAAAAAAUUCACUUAAAAAAGAUUUAUAAUCAGUAUCGUUUUGCCAAGAGGUUAAAUAUCAAGCUUUGUGCAAUUUUGUAGAU